CGCGGAAAAGCACAGGCGAGUACCACCAGCUUGUGCAAGAACUACGACAAAAGGACCCAGAGUACCAUCUCAAGUACUUCAGGAUGACCAAGGCCUCUUUUGAUAAACUCCUGAGCCUUGUCCACGACCGCAUCCUGCAUCCGUCGAACCACAAGAACCCAAUCAGCCCAGGAGAAAGGCUGGCAGUCACGCUGCGGUUUCUGGCAACUGGCGGUUCUAUGAUCGACAUUGCUAUGAGCUACCGCAUGCAUGUAAGCACGGUCUCCGGCAUUCUGAAAGAGACCCUGCCUGCCAUUUGGGACUGCCUUUCCCCACUUGUGCUGCGAGAGCCGACCUCAGAAGAAUGGGAGCUCAUCAGAGAGGGGUUCGACAAGAAAUGGGACUUUCCCAAUGCUGUCGGGUGCAUAGAUGGCAAACACUUCGCAAUUACGUGCCCUGACGAGAAUGGUUCGGAGUAUUAUAAUUACAAGGGGUUUUGUUCAUUACUGAUGCUGGCAGUUGCCGACGCAAACUGCCGCUUUGUACUGGUAGAUAUUGGUGCCAAGGGCCGACUCUCUGACGGCUCUUUCUAUCAAAAAAGCCCGAUCAGAAAGAGCUUUGAAGACAACACACUUAACUUGCCUUCGGGCUAUAACGGGUGGCCAUUGUGCAUCGUCGGAGAUGCAGCAGUUCCCUUGCGGCCUUACUUAAUACGCCCUUACCCCGGCAGACAACUGUAUGACACGAAAAGAGUGUUUAACUAUAGGCUCUCAAGGGUACGCCGUUGCGUUGAGAAUGCGUUUGGAAUUUUGGUUUCCCGGUGGCGCUGCUUCCUGGGAGCUGUUAGUGGUGAUGUGGAGUUGCUAACAAACAUGGUUAGUGCGGCGGUGUGCCUACAUGAUUUUCUGCUGUUCGACAAUGCCUAUUGCCCUAAUGAUUAUGCUCAUAGGGUCAGUGGCGGCAGAGUGCAAGAAGGCGGUUGGAGGCAGAGUAUAGCGUAUAUAAACCAGCAGAGUACUGGCCAUGGCAGCCGCUCAGCUUCAGAUGCCAUGAGAAUUCGAGACGCCAUUGCAGAGUACUUCAUAUCCCCAUGGGGUUCUUUGCCAUGGCAACUGAGGGUAGUCAGGCGAUGCUAAUGCACAGCAUGAAGUUGUUGCCCCUCUGUCUGUAAACUGCGUUCUUUUCCAUGCAAAGCAAGCAAAAAUCACACAUAAGCUCAAUAUGUGAAACUUCAUUUAUCAAUCUCGUGAUCGGUCAGUUCAGGAGUUAUACAUGGUUUGCACCAGUGACAUAUAACACGCGUGUUGCGGCGGUUCUUGUAACAUUUCUGCUCCUGCUUCUAGUACAGGCAUACCACAUCAAGUUGUGUGCAAGUUUCGUGUAACAUGCUAUUGAACUGCUUUCGUAUAUGACGUUUAGUGUGAACACAUCAAGGUGCGUAGGAUUAUAUUGCGGAAGGCAUUUCACUUAUAAGUCAACAUGUGCUGUGUGAGUAAACAUAUGGUGGAAUUUCAGCAGGGGGCCUCUUUUCCUUCCUG